AUGCUGCCUACGAAAUGCAAUAAUGAUUUGAGAGGACAUGAUCAAAAUGAAGCCCAUGAUCGCUCAAAAUUCAUCGAAAAAGAAGCUGAAAAGCUUCGAAGAAUUCAAGAAAGUAUAGUGGUUGACAACGAAACUAGAGACAUUACCGAUGCUGGAAUUGUCGUGGAAAAUCAGAAAGACGUAGACGCCAGAUCAGUUUACGUUGGUAAUGUUGAUUACUCAGCAGCAGCAGAAGAACUACAAGAACUCUUCAGGGAAAAGGUGAGCUCUGUAAAUAGAGUAACCAUACCUUUAAAUAGAUAUUCGGGUCACCCCAAGGGCUAUGCGUAUGUCGAGUUCGCACAACCUAUGGAUGUCGCCCGUGCGAUAGAGUUUCAUGGAACGAAGUUUAAAGGGAGAAUUUUAACCGUGAUUCCUAAAAGAACCAACAACUCUGGUUGUUACAAUAAUCGUCAUUCAUUUCGGCUUCAGAAGGGUUUCCACCGUUCCUCGGCCAUUAGAGGCAGGGGAAUCACACGAGGCACAAGGGGUUAUAGGGGACGCGGUCGUUCCAACAAUCGUGGCCAUCUUAUCUCUCAUAAUCGCUUCGAGCCGUACUUAUCUCGUCAAUAG